AUGGAGCCCGUGUCCACGCUACUCAUCGGGAAGGGAUCAAUGAAAUUGCCUGACACGUCGACCUUCGAGCCGUUGCUGCCGCAGGCGACGAAUCUGAUGGACGUUGUGCAUCGCUUCACCCUCCGCCGCUGUAUCGCAUCGCCGCUGAAUGAAAGCCUGCUCGAAUUGGCCGAGCGAAAGGAGCAGGCGGCGGCGGAAUGUGAGAUGAGGCUCGUCCACAUUCCACCAGGGCCUGGCAGCAACGCAGGCGUGGUUGUCGCGCUCGAGCUUGACGCCCGCGGACACAGCACGAGCUACGAGGGCGACGAGUGGCUAGCGCCCGCACCGGGCGAGCUGCACGAAGCCUACGCGUGGCUCAACGUGAAUCGCGGGGCCAACUGGAACGCCGUCCACCAGCAUGACGUCGAGCGGUGGAGCGCCGUCUACUUUGUGAGCGAUGGCGAGCCGAAUGCGCCUGGCUUCCCGUGCCCCGAGAGCGGCCACAUGCUCUUUCGAUGCGGGCCCAAGGGAAGGCCCGCACAUCCUGCCACCGAUCUCGCUCAGCCGAGCCACUUCUCGCACAGUUACAUGUCCGUGGCGCCGACCCCGGGCUCGCUGUGGAUCUUUCCGGGCUCCGUCCCUCACGCCGUCAUGCAGGCGGUCCUGCCCGAUGGAGUGGCCGAGGCAGAGCAAGCGAGGAUCAGCAUCGGCGUCAACUUUCUCGACGCGAAACCUCCGCCUCCCCAUGGCAUACCGCCGCCCGUCGACCCCAUUGCAUAG